UUUUUGUGUGUUUUGAUUGACCUCAACGUUAAAUCGAGAACGAUUUAUUUUCAAUCGAAUUUUUGUUUUGUUGUUCAUUUUCUUGAUCAAUUAUUCUUACCGCUAUUAAUUCCAUCACCAUGAAUGUUGUUGAAAUUGAAAUUAAAGGAAACGAGGGUGUGGUUAAAAACCCUGAAAUGUUAAAAGGACGAGGACAAACCGUACCGUAUGAUCCUCGAUUUCCAAACACAAAUCAAACAAGAAACUGCUAUCAAAAUUAUUUGGAUUUUUUCCGUUGCCAGAAAGUGAAAGGUGAAGAUUAUGAACCAUGUUCAUGGUAUAAAUUUGCCUUUCAUGAAUUAUGCCCACCAGCUUGGAUUGAAAAAUGGGACGAACAACGUGCAAAAGGCAUCUUUCCUGGUCGUAUCUAAUUCCACACACACCUCCCAUCAUUAUGUGUUAUGGAUAUGAAUAUCAUUGUAGAUUGUUUUGCAAAAUUUAUUUGAAAAUAAAAAAGUAAAAAUAAAUUUGAGAUUAAAAUAAUUUUUAUUUUA